AUGGGCGCCGCGGGCUCCUCCGCUCUGGCCCGCCUGGGCCUCCCGGCGCCGCGGCUCCCCGCGCAGCCCCGGCCGGCUUGGCUGGGGGUGGCCGCGCUGGGCCUGGCGGCCGUGGCGCUGGGGACGGUCGCCUGGCGCCGCGUUGGGCCGGGCCGGCGCCGGCGGCGGCAGCAGGUGGGGACCGUGGCGCAGCUCUGCAUCUACCCGGUCAAGUCCUGCAAAGGGGUGCCGGUGAGCGAGGCCGAGUGCACCCCCAUGGGGCUGCGCAGCGGCCACCUGCGCGACAGGUUUUGGCUGGUGAUUAAGGAAGAUGGACACAUGGUCACUGCCCGACAGGAGCCUCGCCUGGUGCUGGUCUCCAUCACCGCCAAGGAUGACCACCUGAUCCUCAGUGCACCAGGCGUGGAUGAGCUGGUCCUCCCCAGCAAGAUGCCUCCCUCCAAUAUGCUUCACGACUGCAGGCUAUUUGGUCUUGACAUUCAGGGCAGGGACUGUGGAGACAAAGCGGCUCAGUGGUUCACCAACUUCUUGAAAACAGAAGCAUUCAGGCUGGUUCAGUUUGAAAAAAACAUGAAGGGAAGAUCAUCAAGGAAAAUUUUCCCUGAAUUUGUGCAGGAUUACCAGGUGGCCUACCCAGACUGUAGCCCCAUCAUGAUCCUCUCGGAAGCUUCCCUGGCUGAUCUGAACACCAGGCUGGAGAAGAAAGUGAAAAUGGAAAAUUUCAGGCCAAACAUUGUGGUGACGGGCUGCGAUGCUUUUGAAGAGGAUACCUGGGAUGAACUCCUUAUUGGCGGCGUAGAAAUGAAGAAGAUUUUGUCUUGCCCCAGGUGCGUUUUGACCACGGUGGACCCAGAUACAGGAGUGAUAGACAGAAAGGAGCCUCUGGAAACCCUGAAGAGCUACCGCCUGUGUGAUCCUUCGGAGAAGUCAAUAUACAAGACGUCCCCACUUUUCGGAAUGUAUUAUACUGUGGAAAAAAUCGGGAACCUGAAAGUUGGUGACCCCGUGUAUCGGAUGGUGCCGUGAUGGUUUCAGCAUCCAGAGGCUCUGAUGAGGAAUUUAACCAUAGCAGCAACAUGUGGGUGAAUUCUUGCUAUGCUACCUGGACCAGCUUUACCUUGGAAAUAAAUCUCUUGCUUUUGAUUGUUUGGAAUUAUGCAUGCUCCACGUUAAUGCAAGAAAAGUCUUAGAGGUGAUUUGGGGAUAAGAAGGUAUAGCAAUUUUAAGUAAUGAAGACUUUUUAAAUAAAAAAAGAUUGCCUAUAAAAUUAUGUUGAAUGUUACUAUAGCUGUUCUUCAAUCCUUGACAUUAAUCUUGAUGAGUAAAGAAAGUUUAAAGAAUCAACUAAAUAUAGCUGUAAGAUUAAAAAAAUUUUCUUAAAUGUGCACAUUUUAUCAUUCUGUGUUCUUGAAGAAUGGGAAGGAAACACGUCUUCUGGGUGUGUCUUAACAUGUUAACACACUCACAGAUUCCGAUUGGUGAUUCUUUACUGCACUAUUGGGUACUAUCAAUUUUUUGCUCAUGCGUUUUUGACCUCACUUGAGUAUGGAAAUUAUUUCAUAGGCUUUGUUUUUAUACUCAGUCUCACCUCUCUUAGCCUUGUAAAAAUCACAUGGAAUGCCAAAUACAGCACAUGGAAUGCCAAAUAUGACAACAAAGAACAUGUAAUUGAAAAGAGAAUGGAAUUUUGAGAGUUUAAGUGGGAGGAAGUAUGCAUAACAGUUUUCAGGUGCAAAUAAUUUUUGUAACAGAAAUGAACUAUUUUGGUAUGACUAAACAAAUUUUUUCAUGAAAUAAUAUGAAUCCAUUACAAAUCUGUAUUUUGAUAUUAAUAAAGGCCAAUCUCUCAAUUGCACAUUUUCUUCUUUUGCAUCUGCUUCCAUGCCUUUUCUCAUUUUAUGUUAGAACUUUGAGGCCUGUCAUUCAUUUUUGGUUUCCUUUUCUGAUUGACUAGCAGAGAUGCAAAAGGGGUUCCACAAACAUAGCACCUG